GCUUCACCCUUAUUUACUUCUUUCAUCGCGUCAUAUUUGCAUUCCUGAUGCACAACUACACCCCUUGAGAAUCACCUGACAGUGGGAACGCCUAAGAUUCCACGCAAUCUACAUUGAACCGGGUUUCUCAGUACUCUAACAAGGACUUUCAAGCCUUCUAUACAAUAUCAACUUAACCUCUACGCCAAGGCCUGUACAGAGAUGCCGAAGCGGUCGCGUGAGCCAUCUCUGGAAGAGGAGGGAAAGGAGAUCAAGGUUGUCAAAUUGGACAGGCCUCAGGAUGAACCAACGAUAUCUGAUUCAGUAGGCGGCGUCGAAAUCGUCUCAGCACGAUCACCAACACGUCCGUCUCCCAAAUCGGAUGUAAGAAAUGGCAAGAAGCAAAGGAUUGAGCCAGAGGCUUUGAGAUCCCCCAGCCCACCACCACGUUCGCCUCCACGCGAACGGAAACGACCUGGCGCCACAUCCCGUUUUACGCAAAACAACGCUGCCUCCCGACGACCCAGAAGCCCGAGGGCAGAUACGCGUCCCAGGUCACCCAGCCCACCACCACGAUCCCCUCCACGGGAGAGGAAGCGCCCUGGGGCUUUCUCACGGCUGCAAUCUAGCCACUACGAAGCCAGAGUUUCGAGCAGUACCCGGGCAAGGGAGAAUCGGCAACGAACACCCAGUCCUCCUCCUCGGUCUCCUCCUCGCGAGCGGAAGCGCCCCGGCGCAGGAGCACGGGUUCCCAGAACUGAAGUCGAGGCCAUUCAACGAGCCGAUCCGAGGCUCCCACACCACGAGCCGGCAAGGCGUGUAGGGGUUCAAGACUAUGUGACGCAACACUACAAUUCGGUGGAGCAACGAGGGCGCGAGUGGCGUCAGACGGCCAGCAAGAUCAAGGGACUCCGCAGCUUCAACAACUGGAUCAAGAGCUGCAUCAUUCAGAAGUUCGCCACGGAUACCGAUCGACACCCCGUCAAGGUGUUGGACAUCGGUUGCGGCAAAGGAGGGGAUCUACAGAAGUGGCGCUCGGCAGGCAUCGCGCUGUACGUGGGGAUCGACCCGGCGGAGGUCUCGAUCCGACAGGCCAGUGAACGAUACAAAGAAAUGCGCCGAGGCAAUCGCCGAGGGCCGCCGCUCUUCGAUUCUCGGUUCUACGUGCAGGACUGCUUCGGCCUCAGCGUUGGCGGCAUCCCGAUCGUGCAAGAAGUGGGGUUCGACCCUCGGAACCGUACCGGGCCCGGCGGCGGCGGCGGAUUCGAGAUGGUGACGAUGAUGUUCUGCAUGCACUACGCGUUCGAAAGCGAAGUCAAGGCGCGCACCAUGCUGAACAACGUGGCGGGCAGCCUGAAGAAAGGCGGCAAGUUCAUCGGCGUCAUCCCGAACUCCGACGUACUCUCCGACGAGGUGGUCAAACAGCCGCAAUGGGGCAACGACAUCUACCAGGUGAAGUUCCCCGGCGCGGUCCCCGCCGACGGAAUCUUCCGCCCCCCGUUCGGCUGGAAGUACUUCUACAACCUGGAGGAGGCGGUUGAGGAGGUGCCCGAGUACGUGGUGCCGUGGGAGGCGUUCCGGGCGCUGGCGGAGGAUUUCAACCUGGAGCUGGAGUAUCGGAAGACGUUCAAAGAGAUCUGGGAGGAGGAGAAGGAUGAUCGGACGCUGGGGCCGCUGAGUGAGCGGAUGCGAGUCCGCGAUGCGCGCACGGGGGAGCUGCUGGUGACGGCGCAGGAGAUGGAUGCGGCGAACUUUUAUCACGCGUUCUGCUUUUACAAGGUUUGAUUUAGGGCACUCUUAGCAUAGACGCUCUUCGUCGGAUAGCGAAGCCUAUUGACUGCUAAGUUUAUGAGAUUGUCAGUCCUCGUUGCUCACAGUUCCUCUGUUCAUAGCAUACCUACUAAUAUCUUUAUGCAUAUGCGCUGCAUUGCAGCCGGAAUUAUUCGGAAGC